GCAGAAGAAAAAUAUACAAUGCUUAACAAUGAACUCCAUUCAGAAAAAGAAGCUAAAAACAAAUUACUUUUGGAAAAGGAGAAACUGGCUGAGAUAAAUAACUGCAAAGACGAAGACAUAGUGAAACUCAAUGAAAUUAUAAAGGGCAACGACGAAAAGUUAAAACUGUCUGUUGAAAAGAAUAACCUGCUUGCUGAAAACUUGAGAAAAACUACGGAGAGUUUCAAAGAAAUGGAAUAUAAGGAGGCCAUGCAACAGCAAAAGAUUGCAACGCUUGAAGCAAAAAUGAAAAAUAAGGAAGAUGAAAUCCGCCACUUACACGAUCGCGUUACCAUGCUAGACAAAGCUGUUGAGAACGGAACUGUAAAAACGACGCAGCUGUGUCAGAAUAUCAGCGAUCUGACAAUGCAGUUGGAAUACGCCAGACAAGAAUUAUCUACGCAGAAACUAAAAGAAAAAAGCUUGCAAGACACGCUAACAAAGAAAGAGAAGGAAAAUACUGAAAACCUGAAGAAGAACGAGAAUGUCUUAAGAGAAGUAAAAAACAAAAACCAACAGCUUCAAGAUAAACUGGAAAGCGAGUUGCAUGAAAGAGAAGAGGAACUCCAACAGUUGCGGAAAUCACUUGAGUCAAAAAAGAAUGACACACUGAUUGGUAACAAAAAGAAUGAGAAAAAGAUCAAUGACGCUUUGAAUCAAAUUGAAAAAUUAAAAACUCAAGUUAAAGAACUUAAUAAUGAAAAGAGAGAUCUGACCAGGAAGAUAUCGGCACAAGAUCGAGAAAUGUCAGAUAUGAACGCGAGACUUUUAGAACAGGAAAUAGAAAGCAUAGGUGACUUGCAGCCAGAUGAUAUCGGCGACACAGAGAUUAAACUGUCAGAAGUCAAACCCCAAACAUACACGAGGCGAAGUUACGUUCCUUGGAAAAGAUGUCAAAUAUUCGCAAAACGCCCGGCAAGAAAGGUCCCAGAUUCUUUGAUCCCAAACCAGAGAAAGUGGGGAAAGCGUGUGUCGACUGGUUUGAUAGUGAUCAACUAUUCGGUGUUGGAAUAG